AUGAUAUUGACCAAAACGUUUCAUUUUGAAACUAUUUCAAAUACGAUCCUGAAAUUGUUUGUCAGUGGGAGGCCAGAGAGAAGGAAAUUAUGUCAAGAGUCUACCCAGCCAGCAAAUAUUCUAGCAAGAUUUGCACAAUCUUUUAACAACAAGAAAAAGUUACCAUCUGGAUUGGUCUAUAAAUUUGAUCUUGUCUUUGACAUUCUGGAAGAUGAUGGUAAAGGAUCAUAUUUUUCUGUACCUCGAGAUAAAACUUGUUUUAAGCUCCGCCGUUGUGUUCACAAACAAAUUCACAUUCAGCUAAACCAGUUGUCUAAUCGAUUACUAAUAAUGGAAAGGUGUUUUGGUGUUUUAAUUUGUCCUGGUCGAAACGUAACUCAGUCUGACAUGAACUUACUGGAAAAAGUUUCCAUGGAAAGCACUGACAAUGGCCGUACAUAUCUUGUUUCGGGAAUCUGGGACCCAGAAAGAGAGGAUACUUUAGUGUUGAACACCGAGACAAAGAAAAAUUUUGUUGUACACAUGACUGUAGCUGUUGAUUUUGUGGUAUCAGGCAUCAGUAAACCUGUCCGCUUUCUUAAAGAGCUUGGCAUUAAAGUCUUUCCAUCCAAUGAAAGGUUCUGGAAUCCAAGUCGUCCAAAGAUUAAAGAACAGUAUACUCUUGAACUUAAAAUGGCAAAAGAUGAUAAGGAAAGUGAGAAAUCUUAUGAAGUUUUGAGUCUUAAAUGCUCAACACAACACCACGAGAUCAAAGAAAUAUUAACAUCUCAUCCAGAUGAUGACGUAGACGAUGAUAACGAUGCUACUGAUAAACCAUUAAUGUCAGGAUCUGGUGAAGUUCUUCGUGAAUGUUCAUCUGAAGAAUUAGAUAAUUGGUCUGAAAUAAUGACAAAAUGGAGAGAUGUUGAAAAUCGUCCGAAGCACUUAAAAAAACUUAUACGAAAACAGGGUGUUCCUGAGCCACUGAGAGCCAAAGUUUGGCAGAUGUUGGUGUGUCUGGAUGACACAAAUGAUCUUAUUGAGAGUUAUAAAGAUCUUAUACGAAGGGAAUCGCCGACUGAAAAAGUUAUAAAGUGGGAUAUUCAUCGCACGUUUCCUGGGCACGAGUAUUUUCGAUCAAGUGAAGGUGAAGGUCAAGAAAACCUUGAGAAAAUUUGUCGGGCAUAUUCUGUAUAUGAUGACGAAGUAGGUUAUUGUCAAGGAAUGUCAUAUCUUGCUGCUGUACUUUUACUUCAUCUUCCGGAGGAGCAAGCGUUUGGUGUUUUUGUCAAGAUUAUGUACAAUUACGGUCAUCGAGAAUUAUUUCUUGAUGGUUUUGAAAAACUUAACGAGAGAUUCUUUGUUUUGGAAAGAAUUGUCGAGGAAUUUUUACCUGAUCUUUACAGUCAUUUUGUUGAGAAUAAAAUAGAACCUCAUAUGUUCGGUUCACAAUGGUUUUUAACACUGUUUACUGCUAAAUUUCCUCUUUCCUUGGUUUACCGUGUCAUCGACUUAUAUCUGAGUGAGGGUCAACAGUGCAUUUAUCAAAUUGCGACGGCUCUAUUGAAGGUUGCCAAGAAAGACUUGCUACAGCUCAGUUUUGAAGGAAUGUUGAAGUACUUUCGCGUGUCACUUCCCAAGAGAUUUAUCAGCGAGGAUGAACAAAGUAUCUUUAUAAAUGUGACUCUUUCCUACAAAAGUGUUGUAAAAAAGUUGAAAAGGUACGAAGAAUUGUAUGAAUUGAAGAAAGAAAGAGAGAAAGAAAAUGAGAACCCAGUGGAGAGACUGAAGCGUGAGAAUAAACAGCUGAUGCUUGCGAAUAUCAGACUUGAACAUGAAAACGAUUCUCUUGCACAUGAGCUUGUUUCAAAUAAGAUUUCGCUUCGAGAAAAGUUGGAUAAGGCUGAAGAACGUGCGGACGAUUAUCUUCGAGAAAUGGAAAUUUUGCAAAAGAAAAUUCCAGAACUUGAAGACGAAAACGAGAAACUUCGUGCAGAGAACAUUCGUGUGAAGGAUUUAUUGCGUAAGAAUGACGAUGAAAGUGUGGCUACAAAAUUACGAUAUGAGUCUGUUAUUGAGGAGUACAAGAAGAUAUGCUCAAAUCUGGACGAGCGCAGCGAAGAACUGAAGUCAAAUUUAGAGCAAGAACUGCGAGAAAUCUUGAAAAGAAUCAGUUCGUGUACGAACUGUUCAGAAAUAUUCACGGACAACGACGAUACAUUGUCAGGUAAGAAGUUUAAGUCAAGUGUAAAGAUAGUGGACGCUGACCAGCGCAUGAAAGAACUGGAACUAGAGUUAGCGCAGACUAAAUUAUCAUUGGUCGAAGCUGAAUGUAACGUGCAAGAUCUUGAACAUCGUCUGUCGAACUUCAUGUCAGCGGUAGCAGCUGAAGAAAGCAAGCCGUGGUUUAGAAGGUCUAAGGUAGGCACACCUUCAAGAAAAUAAUCUUGUGGUUGAGGAGAGAUUGAAGAACAACUAUGAACAUGGGAUGAUAAUUGUGUAUAUUGGUGGUAUUUAUUAUCCAAUGGUUCAUCUAAGAAAAACACAAACUGUACAGUAAAGUAUACAUUAAGUUAUUUAAUCUAAUGACAUGAUUUAGGGUGAAAUAUACAGGUCGCACUCUCGUUUAGCUUUGAUCAUUACAUGUAAAAAUCUUUACUGAAAUCAAUCUUCUUCUAUCGAAAGUCUCGAUUUCAAAGCCCUAAUAUCAUUCAAUAUUAUAACAUGGUUUUGGAAACAAGAUUUUGAUGUCUUAUACUCAAUAAAAUGAUUUCAUAAAGAGUUGAAGAUGUCACUUAAGAAAUCUAUCAUGAAGAGACAUAUUGUCGAGAGUAAAAACUGUUCACGAAAA